AUGGAGGCCUGCCCAAAAAUAGGUCCUGAUGAGCUCGUCACAUGCUGUGGAUUGCUGGCGGACGAGCAGAAACUCAAAAACCAAGAAACACAGAGCAACUGGGAAUCUGCAAUUAAAGUUGGUGUGCUGGACUGUGGGGAAGAGGAGAACUACGAGACGUGCAAAGAAUACGGUAUUCACUAUUACCCAACUUUCAGGUUCUUCAAAGCAUUUACAAAGCAGUUUACUACUGGAGAAAAUUACAAAGGAGCAGACCGAGAGCUGCAAACAGUUCGUCAGAUGAUGAUUGACUUCUUACAGAACCAUUCCCAAGAGCUGAGACCGCCUGCGUGCCCACCGUUGGAGCCAAUCUCGUCCAGUGAUGUUACUUCUCUUUUUGAGAAGAACAGCCACCAUUAUACUGCCAUCGUGUUUGAAAGUAAUAACUCCUAUGUUGGACGAGAGGUGAUCUUAGACUUGAUCCAGUACGAAAACAUCGUUGUAAAGAGAGCGUUGAAUUUUGAUAAGCCUCUUCUUGAGAAACUUGGUGUUACCUCAGUCCCUUCAUGCUAUCUGAUACAUGCAAAUGGAUCCCAUGGAUUAAUUAACAUUUUGAAGCCUCUACGGUCUUUCUUUUCUUCAUAUUUAAAGUCACUGCCAGGUGUAAGAAAAAAACUUCUUUUGCCACUUCAGCUACCUGUUCAAGAAAACAAAGAAAAUCAAGAAAUCAAGGUGUGGAAAGAGUUUGAUAAAUCCAAGCUGUACAUGGCUGACCUUGAGUCGGGAUUGCAUUACCUGCUCAGGGUAGAGCUGGCGACGCACAAGACGCUUGAGGGAGCUGAGCUAAAGACCUUCAAGGAUUUUGUUACUGUCUCUGCCAAGCUUUUUCCUGGCCGUCAGCCUGUGGUAAAGUUGUUAGAGACCUUGCAAGAGUGGCUGGUGAGCCUUCCAUUAGACAAAAUCCCUUAUGAUGCUAUCCUAGAUCUGGUCAACAACAAAAUGCGGAUUUCUGGGAUAUUUCUCCCUAAGAAAGUUCAGUGGGUCGGAUGCCAGGGCAGCCGACCAGAGCUGAGGGGUUAUUCCUGUUCCCUUUGGAAGCUGUUUCACACCCUAACGGUUCAAGCUGCGCUGCGACCCAAAGCUUUGAUAAAUACAGGUCUUGAAGACAGUCCUCAAAUAGUCCUUCAGAUCAUGCGGAGAUACAUCCACCACUUUUUUGGAUGCAAGGCUUGCGCUCAGCAUUUUGAAGAAAUGGCUAAAGAGUCCAUGGAUUCUGUUAAAACCUUGGACAAGGCUGUUCUCUGGCUCUGGGAGAAACACAACGUAGUGAACAACAGGCUUGCAGGUGAUUUGACUGAAGAUCCAAAAUUUCCCAAAGUUCAGUGGCCAACUCCAGACAUUUGUCCUGCAUGUCAUGAAGAAAUCAAAGGAUUACACAGCUGGAACGAAGCCCAGGUUCUACAGUUCAUGAAGUAUCACUAUAACAGUGAAAAUAUUCUGUAUAAAUACACCGAAAGCCAGACUGACUUCAGUGAACCUGAACAGGGAGAUACAAGGGAGGUGAAAGACAAAAGCCUACUGAAGAAUCCAAGUGGAAACAGAGAAAAUAAGAUCCAGGAUAAAGAAAACACACUAGAUUCUGAAUCUAAGGUGUUAGAUAAGCUAAUAGCAAACCUUGGACCUGUCAAAGAUAGCGGUAAAAGCGCGGUUGAAUCCGCUGACCUUAAAGAGACGAAGCAGUCCGUGUCUUUCUUAGGGAUUGGGUUUUCAAACAUAGACAUGAGUCUGUGUGUCAUACUGUAUGUAGCUUCAUCCUUGUUUUUAAUGGUCAUGUACUUCUUUUUCCGAAUGAGGUCCAAACGGUGGAAAGUGAAGUAUCACCGUUCGUCCGUAUAG